AUGAAAUGGUCACUUAUUCUCGCCGCUUUUUUAUCUCAACUAUACAAUCUGGUUCUUGGGCAUGAUUGCUACUGUCCGUUAUGUGAAUUGGACAAACUACCUGACAACUGUACGACUAUCCACGGACAUAUUCAAAUGGGUUUGGAGUCUACAAUGCCACCGUUUGAGAUCAUCGAGUACAAACUUCAAAACGUGACCACCAUCUUUGGAUGUAUCACUAUAGCGAAUUCUGGGUUCACCACCCUUUCCAUUUUAUCGAAUCUUGAAACAAUUCAAUAUUCACAGAGUGGAAAUUCGUCCACCUGUUCAUCUUAUGGAAAUAUAAUAACGAUUGCAAAAAAUAGUUUACUGCGUAGGUUGUACUUCACAAGUUUGAAGAAGGUCAUUGUGAGCAAAAAGUCAGAGUAUGGCAUUUAUUUAGUGGAUAAUCCAUCGUUGUGUCUGUCGGAAGAUGAGUUGGAACAGUUUAUGGAAACAGAGAAGUUUUAUGCUCCACAUAUUCGGAUUUGUGAUCCAACAAGAAACUACUGUAGACUCGACAAUUUUGAUUUCUUUGACGAAACAAAUAUUCCUACAGGAUGUCAAGUUCUGACGGAUUCUUUGGUUCUGAAUGGAACCAAGGAUAUAAAUGAGACUGAUUUUCAGAGCAGACUGAAUGAUAUUGAGCAAAUAAUGGGGUCGAUUAUAGUUUUUGAGAGUGAUGUUGUCAGUUUGAGAUUCCCUAAUUUAUGGAGAAUAUACAAUUAUCAACCUGACCUUCCGGUUAUCUUCCUCCAGGAUAACCCCUACCUGGCGGAUAUUGAGCUUUCAAAUCUCUCCUCUAUUCCAUAUUUUGGCAAAUAUCCAGAUGUUCUCUUCGCAUUCUCUAAUCCAUUACUCACUCAAUUAUCUCUAGACACCUGCGAAAAUUUGUAUAAACUUGGUCAGAUAACAAUCGGUGAAAUAGCAGAUUCUAUUUGUGAUAAUCGUACGAGUUCUGCUCUCCCAAAUCAAGAUCAGAGCCAGAAUCACACGACCGCAACGUCUUCGGAAUUCACAGUGGAGACUGGAAAGGGAGGAAGUAAUUCGACAACGUUGAGUUCUGUUGGAAAAAGCGGGCCGCCAUCUAACGAUACGAAGGACAACUUGAACUAUCGGGUUUUCAAACCAACAUUUGUAUUUUUAAUGUUUUAUUUAUUGAAGUUUGUCAUGGAGUAA